CCCCCCCCCCCCCCCCGUCCGCCUCCCAGCCGCUGGGCCCAGCAGCGCCACUCGCGCUCCCCGAGUGCCACAUCACUGCGCCCUCCCGCGCAUCCGCGCAUCUGUGCCCACCAUGCCUACAACGCCGCUGCUGCUGGCUGCGCUAGCUGCUUUGGCCGCGCUGGCCGUUGCUGCGUACUCCAGCUGCUCGCCUGGACCUGACCCCUCCGCCACCUGUGUGGACCUGCAUCUCAGGACCUGUGCGGAUGCGGCCUAUAACCAUACAUCGUUCCCCACACCCCUGGAGCACCGUUCGUGGGAGGCAGUGGAGGCCAGCCCUGAAUACACACUGUUGGGUGUGCUGCACUUUCUCCUGGAGGGUCAGUGCAACCCUGAUCUGCGGCUGCUAGGGUGCUCUGUGCUGGCCCCCAGAUGCCAAGGAGGCCACACACAAAGGCCCUGCCGCCGUGUCUGUGAGGGCCUGCGGGAGGCCUGCCAGCCAGCCUUUGACGCCAUCGACAUGGCCUGGCCCUACUUCCUAGACUGUACCCAAUACUUUGCACCAGAGGAGGAAGGCUGCUAUGACCCUCUCGAACAGCUCCGGGGAGAGCUGGAUGUCGAGGAGGCUCUGCCCUCUGGCCUGCCACCUACCUUCAUUCGCUUCGCCCACCACUCCUAUGCUCAGAUGGUCCGGGUACUGAAGAGGACAGCGGCCCGCUGCUCCCAGGUGGCCAAGACGUACAGCAUCGGGCGCAGCUUUGAAGGCAAGGACCUGGUAGUCAUCGAGUUCUCAAGCCGUCCAGGCCAGCAUGAACUGAUGGAGCCUGAGGUGAAGCUCAUUGGGAACAUCCAUGGCAACGAGGUGGCAGGACGGGAAAUACUCAUCUACCUGGCCCAGUACCUGUGCUCCGAGUACCUGCUGGGCAACCCCCGCAUCCAGCGCCUGCUGAACACCACCCGCAUCCACCUGCUGCCGUCCAUGAACCCUGAUGGCUACGAGGUGGCGGCUGCAGAGGGUGCUGGCUACAACGGCUGGACCAGUGGGAGGCAGAAUGCACAGAACCUGGAUCUGAACCGCAACUUCCCUGACCUCACGUCAGAGUACUACCGGCUGGCCUCCACUCGCGGUGUGCGCACGGACCACAUCCCCAUCUCGCAGUACUACUGGUGGGGUAAGGUGGCCCCCGAGACCAAGGCCAUCAUGAAGUGGAUACAGACCAUUCCCUUCGUCCUCUCAGCCAGCCUGCAUGGGGGUGACCUGGUGGUAUCCUACCCCUUCGACUUCUCCAAGCACCCCCAUGAGGAGAAGAUGUUUUCUCCCACUCCGGAUGAGAAGAUGUUUAAGCUGCUGGCCAGAGCCUAUGCUGAUGUCCACCCCAUGAUGAUGGACAGGUCGGAGAACAGGUGUGGGGGCAACUUCCUGAAGCGGGGGAGCAUCAUCAACGGGGCGGACUGGUACAGCUUCACUGGAGGUAUGUCUGACUUCAACUACCUACACACCAACUGCUUUGAGAUCACAGUGGAGCUGGGAUGUGUGAAGUUCCCACCAGAGGAGGCGCUCUACGGCCUGUGGCAACACAACAAGGAGCCCCUACUGAACUUCCUGGAGAUGGUACACCGAGGAAUCAAGGGUGUGGUGACAGAUAAAUACGGAAAGCCCGUCAAAAACGCACGGAUUCUAGUGAAAGGCAUCCGCCAUGACGUCACCACAGCCCCUGAUGGUGACUAUUGGAGACUCCUUCCCCCGGGUUCGCACAUCGUUAUUGCUCAGGCCCCUGGCUACUCCAAGGUAAUGAAGAGAGUCACCAUUCCCUUGCGCAUGAAGAGGGCCGGCCGUGUGGACUUCAUCCUCCAGCCUCUGGGGACAGGACCUAAGAACUUCCUUCCUGGACCUUCAAGAGCCUUACCUCGGUCCCUGGAUCCACAGGGAGCGCCUGCACAGCUGGAUUUUGAGCCCCCCAGGGCGCGUAGGCAGCCAGCUAGUGGGAGCAAGCCAUGGUGGUGGGCUUACUUCACAUCCCUGAGUCCACACAAGCCACGCUGGCUUCUUAAGUACUAGCACCCCUCUCAGGCCCAGCCCUGAUGUCCACCUCCACGGCCCGGGCUUCUGUCUGGAGUCUGCCAGCCACAGACAUCACACACAGCCUCUGCGGCUUAUUAAAGUGUGUUUACCCACUGUGA